AUGUCAGGUGGCCCCGUGGCUAGGGAGGAAGGGCCACAGCCGCUCAGCGCUCCAGGCCCGGCCUCUCAUCAAGCAACAUCUGCCAAGAAAACCAUCACUUUUAAGGACGACUCCGAAUUUGAUAGCAGCCGAGAGCCCAACGUAUCGGCCGAAGAACAGGACGGGGAACAUGACGACGACGAGACCCCUCGAAGGGAGGCCGGACCUGCUUCGCCUCCCGUCAAAGAUGUUGGCCAGCCCCGGACGGGAAGGUUCACAAACUCGGAGCCUGGAGAUGCGCAGCGGCAGCUGGACGAGUACCGUGAGCAGUUGGCCCGCGACUUGGAGACGAGAGAAUAUUCUCCAAGAGGGGCGCAGUUGCCCGUGCCUGGCCCAACCAGGGUUUCUCCCAUCCAGGAAGAAACUUCGCCGUCGCCGCAGCCCGUCUUGUCCGGUCUGGGAUUGCCGACCACCUCAACGUCGACUGGGUCUGGCUCUGGCCAUACCAUUCGAGGGACUCCCACACCUGGGGCGAUCUCAGGGACGCCUUCAUAUCCGUUUCCGCGAAUGGCUUCAUCCGGCAUCCUUUCUCCAGCUUCUCACCGCCCUUUCACGAUGCUCUCGCCAACUGUCCCGCCAGACGGCCAGCCAACCCCGUCCGAGGGCGUCAGGAGCCGAGACACCGUCAUGUCAAACCCUUCUACACCAUCCUCCAACCUGACUUUUUUGCCACCGGGGUGCUCGCAGCCGCUGGCGGGCCAACCUGAUUUCCCGAACCCAAAUCUCUACGAGUUGUCCCUCAUGCUCUCGGCCGAGCCAGGUCUGGAUGCCUGGUGGCACACCGUUGUGCAGAUAAUGGUCGACGUGUACAGAGCCGAAAGGGUGACACUUGCCGUUCCAGCCGACUCGACCGACAUCGAGAACGUGCCUUGGGGUCAAAAGGCCACGUACAAUGCCCACCGCGAGGACGAUUUGAGCCUGGGUUAUCUGGCGAGGGGCUCGAGCCUCGUUCCAAGCAGCAACGCCGAGACGCCUGAGAGCUAUUCCCGACCUGGUGAGCUCCAGGGCCAGCAGGAUGCCAUACGGCCCGCGCUGCAAAGUAGGCAUUCCUUCACCUCGUACGAGAAAGACGCGCGAAGGGCAGCAAAUGAGCAGCCAUUGCUUGCUCAGGGUCGGCCUCAGCUUCUGUCAAGGAGUAAAUCUCAUCAUUAUCCGCCCACUACCUCCAGCCGCGACCCUGACCCUGACGGUUUCAACAGCCCGCCCAGCCUAAACCAACAAGCGCUGGAGCAGCACGAUUCGCUGGAGGAGCACCAGGAAAUUCCAAGCUGGGAGGCGCCUUUUAGCGCGCCGCGGGAGGGACAUGGGAAGAUGUUAAAUGUGUUGCAGGCACUCGACUACGAGGCUGACCCGCUGAUUGACCAUAACGGUGUCCUCCGCGUAUUAGAGCGUGGCCGCGUGGUAGCGCUUACCAGGAGUUACCCGUACCUCAGUCAGGACUCGGCACAGAAGAAGCCGUUCGAAGCUGCGGCCAAGUCGACUGAGGCACAUCGCAAGAAGCUCAGGAAGCCGCGGGCAGAUUCUCUGUCGAAGCUAUCCUCAUUCCUCGGCAGUGCUGCCACCCUCUCGUCCGCAACGGGCCGCGGUCCCAAGCCUCAGUCAUUGGAGAGAAAGUCCACGAUUGCGUCUCGGAUGGACGAAGAAUCGCCUAAGACGCCCAGUCCUAGGUACGAGGAAUACGAGCAGGCACCACCGUCUCCAUGGUCCCAGUCUCCCGCCCCUUCUCCUGCCGUGAGGCCCGACCCGACUGAGAACCCCUUCUUCACCGACGCCAUGGUCGACGAGGAGUCUUUCAACCCGACCUGCGCCCCUGACGAUUACUCGUCCAUGAUGCCGCCAGAGGCCAUUGGCGUCGACAACGCGUGGACGGUGCUGCACAUCCCCUUGACGCACGUCCUUCUGUCAAAGCCCAACCCCUCGUUCAAACUCGAUCCCUCGAUGAUGGAGCAGAAGAUGUCAGUAAGGAAAUCCCGAGAGCCCUCGGGCACUGCGAAUAUAUCUCCAGAGCGCCCGGUCAAGGAAAAACACGCCCCGAUUGCCAUACUUUCUAUUCUGAGUCCCAUCAUCCCGUACCCAUCCAACCUUCGGAACUCACUGGAGCACCUCGCCCCCCAUCUCGCCACCUCCUUCUCUCUCUGUCGCCACUAUACUAAUCUGGAGACCGAGCUCAACGGGCUGCAGAAGCGCAGACCACAGACGGUGGGUUUUGGCGCCCUUGGGCCUGACGGACGACCGCUUGCCGACCCGACUGCUUUGGCUUCGUUGGCAUACUUGCCCGCCGAGGAUACUCCUUCCCGGGGCUCUCUCGCGGGCAGUAUGACUAGCCCAAGCGACUAUUCAGGGCCUUCUCGCAGCACUGCCGGCUCUCCCGGUGGGACACCGGGAUGGGAUCCGUCGUCCCUCGGAUUCGUUAUGACUGACAAGCGGGGCCCUACGUCGAGUCCAGCGCCCGUUAGCGCUGAGAGCUACUUCAGCGCAGUUCCCAGGAGCCAGGCCAACGCGGGGCCUCGGCCGAGGAGAAACUCCCGGGAAGUCUCCACCGCCGAGAAGCGAUCAUCGCUACGCCUAUCGGGGGGCAAAGCACAGCAGCAUGACACGACCACACUGAGCCCUUCCGCGGCCGAGUCUCGAAAGAGUAACGAGUCCGUCCGUCAGGACACAGAAGAAACCGGAUCAGCGAAUGCUCAGCACAAGCGACCUCCCUCAAGAGAGAAGAAAGAUCAAGCGUUAGCUGAAAGAGGUGGUAGUGCGGCGGCCCAAGCGGAGAUGAUGCAGAACAAGGCUGCUGGCACUACAGGCCCGGCACCGCAUCGCCAUACCCAGCUACACUCAUACGGCGCCGAUUUCGCAUCAACUUUCCAAUCUCUCCCUCCGAGCUCAACAAUCGGCAGAGCGGUCCCUCACUCGGCAGCUGUGCCCUCGAGAGCCGGGUCGAUAUCGCAAACCGAUAUGACACCGCCAUCUGACAAGCUGAAGGGACUCAUCCUGGACUCGCUACCCGUUCACGUGUUCGUUGCUCUGCCCCAAACAGGCGAAAUAGUGUGGGUUAACAGUCGCUUCCUCACAUACCGCGGGCAGACCUCGGGUGAAUUGGCAGCCGACCCAUGGGGCAGCAUACAUCCGGAGGACAGAGAUGAGUAUUUGCGCAUGUGGAGCCAUUCCGUCAGGACCGGCGAGCAGUUCUCGAAGACGGUGCGUAUUCGACGGUUCGACGGUGCGUACAGAUGGUUCUACGCGCGAGCCGUUGCAUCCAAGGACAAGAGGGGCGUCAUCCUGCAAUUUCUGGGCUCGUACAUGGACAUUCAUGACCAACACAUUGCCGAAGUCAGAGCAGCUAGACAAGAGGAGGUUGAGGCGUCCGAGGCCAAGCAUCGCCUGCUCGCCAACUUGAUACCGCAGAUUAUUUUUACAGCUACCGAGGACGAAGGUAUCACGUUCGCAAACGAGCAGUGGCUGUCGUACACGGGCCAGAGCUUCAAUGAUGCCUUGGGGCUCGGUUUCAUGGACUAUGUGCAUCCAGACGAUCUGGCUAAGUGCCGGAUCCCCCUUGGCAGACAGUCAACCCCUAGUUCCAAGGCGGGUUCGGUGGCACAUGGCCGUUCGUUUUCGGCUGAUUAUACGGCUGUUCGCCAGGUCGGGAGACACUUCGACACCCCUGAUGGAAGCACCACAAUUCCCGAUGGCUCGCUCCCACGGCACAACAGCUCCAGCAGCACCGGCAGCGGUAGCAAGGACGGGUCCGCCUAUGACCUUCCGACUGCCCAUCUCACCGAACUUGCUAAGAAAGGAGUGAUCAAAGUGUCGACAGAUAGCAGUGGGAGACUUUCGUAUACUACCGAGAUCAGGCUCCGAUCCAAGAGCGACGAAUACCGGUGGCAUUUGAUCCGCUGCGUUGAGAUCGACAACGCCGUCUUUGGCAACGGCACAAGUUCGUAUUUUGGGUCAGCCACGGAUAUCAACGACCUGAAACUCCUCGAGACCAAGCUGAAAGAGGCCAUGGACUCUAAGGGCCGCUUUCUCAGCAACAUGUCGCACGAGAUCCGUACUCCGCUUAUCGGCAUCUCGGGCAUGGUCAGUUUCUUGCAGGACACGACCCUCAACGAGGAGCAGCGAGAUUACACGAACACCAUCCAGACGAGCGCCAACAGCCUGCUCAUGAUCAUCAACGACAUCCUCGACCUCUCCAAGGUGGACGCCGGCAUGAUGAAGCUGAGCUACGAGUGGUUCCACACCCGCUCCCUGAUCGAGGACGUGAAUGAGCUCGUGUCUACCAUGGCCAUUGCGAAGCGCCUCGAGCUCAACUAUGUGGUCGAAGAAGAUGUUCCCGCGUGGGUCAAGGGAGACCGAGUGCGCAUCCGCCAAGUGUUGCUCAACGUCAUUGGCAACGCCAUCAAGUUCACCAGCCAGGGCGAAGUGUUCAGCAAGUGCAGGGUGAUCACACCCGAUUGGGCGCAUCUGCAGCCAGACGAGAUCAUGCUCGAGUUCUCCAUCAUCGACACGGGCAGGGGCUUUACCAAGGAAGAAGCCGAGCUAAUCUUCAAACCUUUUAGCCAAAUUGACGGCAGCAGCACCCGGCAACACGGCGGUAGCGGGCUGGGCCUGGUCAUCUCGCGCCAGCUGGUGGAGCUCCAUGGAGGAAAAAUGGAGGGCACUGCUGUCCCGGGUAAGGGGUCGACUUUCACCUUCAGCGCGAGGUUUGGUUUACCUACCGAGAAGGACCACCCCGACACCACCCCGCCUCCUCAGUCAACACCGGGUCUGGUGCGAGACUCGCCCGUUUCAUCUGCCCAGACCCCGUUGGUGAGUUCACUCCAAGGCACGGUCUUGAGUAAUAGCCCAUCGACAACGGUUGGCGGCCUCACUUCUUCACCGGCAGUUCUUUCUAGUGAGAGCUCGGAUCUAUCCGUGUCUUCGGGCCGGACUGGUACGACAACCCGGUCGUCCAUGUCAUCAGUGAAUGCUGGCUUGGUCCGCUUCAGCCAAGCGGCCCGGGCCAGCGGACAAGACCUCUCUCAGAUGAAACUGGAGAUGCCGCAUCGCAAAGACACUCCCAGCAGCAGGCCCACUGGCAGCGGAGAGAGUCCCGCCAAACACCAUGCGCCGCCGCUCAUCUAUUCCAUCCUAAUUAUUUGCCCGCAAACCCACAGCCGCGAGGCGACUACCUCGCACAUCGAGAUGACGCUGCCCAAGCACAUUCCCCACCAGAUCACUGGCGUCGCUACGGUCGAAGAAGCAGACAAUCUUAUCAAGGGCGAGGACUCAGUCCGCUUCACGCACAUCGUCGUCAACCUUUUCUCCGCCGAGGAAAUCAUCUCCCUCAUGGAUAGGAUCAUGAUGAGUUCAUCUGCGUCCAAGCUUCUCGACCACACGACCAUCCUAAUCCUCUCGGACUCGGUCCAGCGGCAGGCUGUCUCCAGGCUGGUGGCGGGCACAAAGUACGAGAGCAUCCUCUCGGACGGCAACGUCACGUACAUUUACAAGCCGGUCAAGCCGUCGCGGUUCGCCGUGAUUUUCGACCCGGCCAAGGAGCGCGACAUGAGCAUCGAUCACAACCGGUCUACGGCCCAGAGGCUGGUGGAGGAUCAGCGCCAGAGCUACGUCGACAUGGAGCGCCGGAUGGGCGGCAAGGGGUACAAGGUCCUGCUGGUCGAGGAUAACCCGGUCAACCAAAAGGUGCUGCAGAAGUACCUGAGGAGAGUCGGGGUCGAGGUGGAGCUGGCGGCGGAUGGUGUCGAGUGUACCGAGAUGGUAUUUGACAAGGGAUGGGGGUAUUAUUCGUUGAUUUUGUGCGACCUCCACAUGCCCCGCAUGGACGGCUACCAGGCCUGCCGCGAAAUCAGGGCCUGGGAGGCACAGGGCGGGUUCGGCUCGCUGCCCAUCAUUGCCCUCUCGGCCAACGUCAUGUCGGACGUCCAGGAGAAAUGUGUCGAGGCCGGGUUCAACGACUACAUCACCAAGCCGGUCGACUUCAUUGACCUCAGCAGGGCGCUGUCGAAGUUCUUUUGA